AUGGACCCCAAUAUUAUGUGGCAAGCGCGCAAUGACGGCUCUGGGCUGCUGGAGGAGGAUAUUCAGCAAUUGAGGUCGUCGAUUCGUGGCACGGUUGUUCUCAAGAACGAAGCUUCAGAGGAGGAAUACAACGCUGCGGUGACACGAUGGAAUAACGUCUCGAUUCGACUGGCGACCCUUGUGGUAUACGUCGAAGAUGAGCAAGACAUUGUCAAGUGCGUGGAAUUCGUGAACAAGCACUACCUUGAUGUUGCCGUGUGCUCUCAUGGGAGGCACUCCUACCAUGGAGCGAGCUCAUCUACGGGCAUGGUCAUCGAUCUGGGGAGAAUGAGAAAGGUCUCUGUGGACAAAGAAGCAAUGACCGUGACCGCACAGGGUGGUUGUAUCGCACGCGAUGUUGAACUACCCCUCGAGGCCGAGGGUCUUGCGGCUGUGUUUGGUGCGGUCAAUGAAACAGGUGUUGGUUUCUUGACCGGUGCUCACGGUCUGGCCGCGGACAACCUAGUAUCCGCUCGCAUGGUCCUGGCCAAUGGACAGGUUGUGACUGCGUCUGAUGACGAGAACAGCGAUUUGUUCUGGGCAAUCCGGGGAGCCGGCCCCAACUUCGGAAUUGUCACUGAGUUCAAGUAUCGCGUCCAUAAACAAGGGCCCGUAUUCUGGCAGAUGCUGUUCUAUAGCCCCGACAAGCUGAAGGAUUGCGUCUCCAUAGUAAACCAGAUGCACAACAUCUCUCUGGCACAAAAGGGCGGCGAUUUUCAAGUCAUGAUGUGCUAUCUCACGCCUCCCGGAUACCCAGACCUUCAUCCGGGCCUGCGUAUCUUUUACAACGGGCCCGAAGAGAAAGCCAAAGAACUUGCCGCGCCGGCCUACGCGCUGGGACCACUGAGCGUCUCCGGUGGAAUGUGCAGUUUCUCCGACACCACACGAAUCCCACCAUAUCUGGAAUUCGAGGGCUUCGACCGCUACGCGGCCAGCUCUGCGCACUUGGAUUACCCCCUCGACGAGGACCUUCUCCUCGAAGUGUUCACGAUGUUCCGAAACGUGAUCCACAAGUACGGACACCACCUCCUGCACCCGUCGAAAUGUAUCCUUGAUCUUCGGAACUACGAGAAGGUUGCAUCCGUCCCUAUCGACGCAACCGCUUACUCUGGUCGCUUCGAUGUCGCGUGGAUGAUCCCCGAUUUGCAGUGGGAUGACCCUGCCAUGGAUUCCACGAUGCGUAUGGAAGUGACAUCGAUCACGGCGCACAUUCGGGAGAGGGUGAGAGAGGCGAAAGGCGACCAUGUCAGCGGUCCUCGCGACGCCACAGCCAUUUACCCCAACAUUUCAGCAGGUGGAGAGGAGAAGGCGAAGAGUGUGUUUGGGCCUAACUUGCCGAGAUUGCGGGUGUUGAAGAGGAAGUAUGAUCCGAAUUUUAUCUGGAAUAAGUGGUUUCCUAUUGUGCCUGCCUAG